GGCGGGCAGGUGCCGCGCGCACACGCAGGCCGGGCGGCUCCGAGUGGCCCCGGUGCGGCCCCUUCCCAGAGCCGCUCGCCAGGCUCUAUCCCCAGAUCAUCGGCACCUCCAAUGGCCGAGGUGCUCGAGCCAGAGCCCGGCACAGGUGAGGGCGAGGCGGCCCAAGCCGUGGAGACGCCGGACUGGAACGCGCUCGGAGACGCGGACCCCCAGCUCGCAAGUUACGAGAUCCGACACUAUGGACCAGCCAAAUGGGUCAGCACCUGCAUUGAGUCAAUGGACUGGGAUUCCGCCAUCCAGACUGGCUUUGCCAGGCUGAACAGCUACAUCGAAGGCAAAAACGAGAAAGAGAUGAAAAUAAAGAUGACAGCUCCAGUGACGAGCUACGUGAAGCCGGGUUCAGGCCCUUUUAGCGAGUCUACCAUUACCAUUUCCCUGUAUAUCCCCUCUGAGCAGCAAUCUGAUCCACCCAGGCCUUCAGAGUCAGAUGUCUUCAUUGAAGACAGAGCUGAAAUGACUGUGUUUGUACGGUCUUACGAAGGAUUCUCUAGUGCCCAAAAGAAUCAAGAACAGCUUCUGACGUUAGCAAGUAUUUUGAGGGAAGAAGGAAAAGUUUUCGAUGAAAAGGUUUACUACACUGCAGGCUACAACAGUCCUCUCAACUCGCUUAAUAAAAAUAAUGAAGUGUGGCUGAUUCAGAAAAAUGAACCCUCCGAAGAAAAUGAAUGAGAAAAUGAAAGGAAGUUGCAUCACCAGGGUCAAUGCUUCUGUUUAAUGUAGACAUCCACACUACCUAUAAGUAAAAUGUAUGUCUAGUAUCUUCUACCUGAGAGUACUAUUAUGAAGUGAGCUUUUCCCAAUGUGCCUUUUUAAUGCUUGAAGCUUCAUCUAGUUACACAUAUAACAGGUCGCUAUAAUAAACAUGAAAAUUGGCCAUAACCUUGGUGGCCUUUAGUUCUAUAAAGCUCCAGGACAAUGUAAUGUUACUACCCCGUCUUCACUGUAUCACAGUCUUGUUGUCUUUUUCCACCUGGAUUUGUGUCCUUUGGAUGUUAUCCCCUCAAAAUAUUAUCAAUAAAAAUGUUAAAGAUUUA